GUGAUGAAGAAGAGAUCGGGGUAAUAGCUGUAUGCAUCCAAUUGUAUAUCAUAUUAGUACAUCUUUUUCUUGUUUCUCCAUUAUUCCUCAUGAGCCUUUGCUUGAUCGCUGUAGCCAAAAUAUUAGAACUGUAUGAUUUAAGAAGGUAAAGAAAGACACAAGUCACUUUGGUUUGAUGCAUCAUGCGAUAGUGGAUGAUUCUCCUACGAGAUGCUAUAAGGCCGAGGAUUUAAACCUGUAUGAGUUUUAUUGAUGAAACCACCUGACUCAGGAUCUAAAGAACACGGCUUUUUGUCUUAUCUUCGGUCUUCCCUUCAAAGAGUUGACUAGGGGACGGAGGAGCCAGCCUUUACCAGAGGGGGCUCGUAUGUUUGUUUUUCGUGGGUUGUUUGUCUGUAACGGUCAUUGUGGACAGCGGGCAAGGGGCCGGAACCGAACCGCCGACGGCCAGUUUCCUCCAUGUAGUGAGCAAGCACGGCAUCAUGGGAGCAUUUCUGGCAACGCUCGGCCAAGACCAUGAUUUGGAUGAGAUUGAUAUGCAGACAGUCCGCUACAAGCCAGAAGCGCUAGACAAGCUUUGUAAAAUGACCAAAUUCUCCAAGAAGGAACUCCAGCUGAUGUAUAGAGGCUUCAAACAGGAAUGUCCAUCGGGAAUGGUUAACGAGGAUACAUUCAAGACCAUCUAUUCACAGUUUUUCCCUCAAGGAGGAUCGGACCACUAUGCCCAUUAUGUCUUCAAAUCCUUCGAUCUCGAUCGUAACGGUGAGCUUUCCUUUGAGGAGUUUGUACAAGGCUUGUCAAUACUAGCAAGAGGAUCAUUACAAGAAAAGUUAAACUGGGCCUUUAAUCUCUAUGAUAUCAAUAGGGAUGGCUACAUAACCAGAGAGGAAAUGUUAAAUAUAGUACAAGCUAUCUACGAUAUGAUGGGUAAAUACUCCGAGCCAACGGUAGAAGAUAUCUCACCGGUAGAACACGUCGAAAGAGUCUUCCAGAAAAUGGAUAUGAACAGAGAUGGUGUAGUUUCAAUGGAUGAGUUCAUUGAUUCAUGUAAAAGAGACGAUAACAUCAAGAAGUCCAUGCAUGUGUUUGACACGAUCUUAUGAUCUGCACUGGCGCCCUCUUUGGUUCAGCUGAUGAAAUGUUUGAACAUUGGAUGAGCAAGGAGAGACAUCCUCCAGACUUAUUUUUAAUACAACAUUAGGAGCAAAAACUUUCACCAUUAUAUCGUCAGACUCUUUGCAAGAUUUUAUACAUCCUUGUCCCCAAAUCAGUUGAUCAUGUGACAUCGCAUCUAGCUUCUGAUUCGUCCGCUGCACAACUAGUUCUGUAAAAAGGAAUUCAAAUCCAAGCAGUGAUUGACCAAUCUAAAUCUAAGUAAAACUGAAAAUAAACGACGCAUAAAAUCAUCUAUUGAUUAAAAUUGUAAUCGGGUGAACUUUUACCGACAAUAUUUUACUGGAUUUUACUGUAUUAAAUUGUUUGGUCUUUGAUAUCAAUACCAUGGUUAAUUUAUAUUCAUAUAUCGCGAUGGUUCCAUUCUGCAAAAGAAAAGCAUGCUGAUUGUUCAGUUCUAUUGGAAAAUAAAAUUUGCAUUAUGAAUUAUCCAGGAUUUUAUUGAAAUGAAUUCAGUAUCUUCAUGAUUUACCCACCUCAUAAGUUGAAGUGAAACUGAGUAAGUUUAGUGCUUGCGCACAUAUUAAAGAUCUUACCUAUCUGCUGAAAGUACAUUCUAUGCAUAGCAAAAUAAAAAUUAAAUAUCAUUACAGAAAAGGAAUUUGUAAAAGAUCUUUUUACGUAGUAAAAUUCUCCAAUUGUACUUAUUGAAAAGACACAUCUUGGCCCAACUAUCAAUUUUAGCCUGAAGUGUCCUUUCUUACUUUGUACAAAAACCUCUUUGCAGUUUUUCUACUCUCUGUGCUGUAUAGACUGCUGCGCCAGUCUUUUCUUUGAAAAAAAAAUUGCCUGUAUCCUGCGGGGGUAUAUGGUGAAAAUGCAGUGAUAGUGAAACAAAGAGAAACAAAGAGCAUGGAUGCUAGUCUAAUCAUUCUUGAAGAAUUGAGGGAGGGGAAGAACUCUACUGUCUUGAUUUAUACCGGUGCUAUAUCAAAGAAAUUCUUUAUUGAAGGUGAAGCUGGUUUUUACUACAUAAUACCUGUAUUAUACGAGAUAGGGAAUGUUAUCACUAGUAAAAGAGUACUAGUACAAUGCAUUUUGAUAACUUGUUAUAAGGAUUAGAUGAUUAGCAUAAUAGGUAAACGAUUAGGUUUAUUGGGACAGUUUAAAUUUGUGUAGUAUUGGUGAUAUCUUUGAUAACUACAUGAGCUCCAAAUGCAAGAUAGAUAAAUUUGGUGAAAGCAAAGUUGGAAGACAAUCCUAUUUCUUGUUGAUUUUAAAACAUGUAGCUACUCUGCAUUGCAAGACUAUGUUUUUG